AAGUGUUGUUCGUAGUCCCGGCAUCGGAGUGGAAAAAAUCGCUAGGAAAAGAUCGGCGCGCGCGGAAUGCCACCAUCCUAGCCACCCUAGCCGCGACCCUAGAGCAACGCGUUUUCUUUUUUUUUGCCCCAUUUGUUUGCGUUCCGCACAGAGCAGGUUGGGGUGUAGGAAAUUACGCGACGGAAGCGCGCGCACGGCCAAGGAACCAGCAGCAAGCCAGCCAACAGGAGUAGCGUUCGGAAAAGGACAAAGACAAACGCCAGUCACGCCAGGGCGCGCCCCCUGAUUGCUGCAGCGUUUCAUCGGCAGCGACGAGCGACCGCGUGCAGCGAUAAAUCUAUACCAAAAAUCGAGAAAACGGGACCAUCCCGCAGAUCAUUUCGGGCGGAAGGGCGGACACAUUAAUUAGCCCUUUUUAUGUUGACAAAUAUCAUCACUGCUGCAGAAAAGGAUUCUCAACAAACGACGGUACACACAGGCGCACAACAUCACCAAACAGACAGCACCGCCGCACAGCCACGUAGGAAAAAUCCGGUUGCAUUGACGAUUGCUGCUGCUGCACCAACCUUUGGGGACUGUCGUCGUCGUCAAACGGUCUGGUGACAUUCCACCAACGCGCUCGGCGACCGUUCCGCGCUAUUAUUGCCAACUGUCCAAUCGAUCGAACGACCACGCCGAGGAGGAAGGAACACGGGGGAAGAGCAUGUGCACCAGCUCGUCAUCGACGGCGGUUUACCUCGGAACGCAUAAACAAAUCGUGAACAGCAGCAGCAGGCCGCCACCAAGCAGAGACGGUUGCUACGGUGCGGUGUUACGGAGGAACGGAUUGAAUAUGCUGUUGUAAGGCGGAAGCGCAGCGGUUGGUUAAAAAUAAUGAAAACCAAGGACCACUCGAUUGCGUUUGAACAAGACCACCCAGCAGCAGCCUCAGCAUCAUCAUCAUCGUCGUCGCCAGGCGCGCCAGUACUAGACACGCAGCUCAGGGCCGUAGCUAAGCAGUUCUUGUGCUGCACUCCGGUACGAACGAUCCAGUGGAAUGGAUUGUUAGACGGUCCUUUGGCCUGGGAAGCCCAGGAACGGUUGUUGAACGCAACGGUCGAUCAUCCGCUGGUGGUACGGUACCCCGUGAGCAUCGAGUAUCAGCUAGCGUUUCUGAAGCGACUCUUGACCGAUCUGGCCGCGAUGAACGUGGAACCGCACGAUCGCAUGUAUGAGCGGUACUGUGCAAUGAUGCAGGCCCCACCUCUGACCGAUCUGCCCCUGGACGAUCCAUCGAUCGGGCUUAGUUACAAGCACUAUGAGCUGCCGCAAGGUCAAGGUGUCAUCUCGCUCAAAGAAUCCGGAGCGUUCGUGUCCGACGGUACGACCGGUCUGUGCAGCUGGCAAGCGGCAAAGGCACUGUGCGAGCACAUCAGCAACAAUCGGGAUGACUUUCAGGGACGGAACAUUCUGGAGCUCGGUUCGGGCGUCGGGCUGGCCGGCAUCUAUCUGGCCAAGUGCUUUGAACCUUCGAUCAUCGUAAUGUCCGAUUGUCACGGUUCGGUGCUGGGAGCGUUGCGGGACAAUGUUCAGCUCAACUUCCCGAGCGCGGCCACGGUGGAUUGUGAUAAUCCGCUCGUGAGCUUACUGCUGGACAGCGGCAACACGCUGAUCGGUGUGAUGGAGCUCGACUGGCAGUGUGUCAGUGCUUCGAAUCUGUCGCAGCUCAUCGAACCGGACGUGAUCGUGGCGGCGGACAUCGUGUACGAUCAUACGCUCUUCCCGGCCCUUCUUUCGACGCUCAACUACAUCUUCUGCCUGUCGAACAAUCGGUGCAAGUUCGUGCUGGCGUGCACCGAACGCAAUCAGGAUACGUUGAGCGAGUUUCUGCAGCUGUUGAUAACGGCAAAAUUCCGCAUUAAUGAGGAGUCGAUUUCGCCAUCCCGCCACUUUCACUGGGACAGCAGUGCAUCUAACAUUCGCAUUUUCACGAUAUCACGGAGUUGAACGACCGAUUGCACCGAUCGCGAUUGAUCGCGUUCCCUCACCGUACCUACCACCACCUACGCUUACUUUACGAUCCAAUUGGCUCUUCUUGAUCACCUUUGUCACCAAACUCUCUUAUACACCUUUUGAAUCGAAAACCCUUUUGGCAAAAAUAUCAAUCUGCAUCAUCAAUCUUUCCUCCCUUUUUAUGCGCUUCUAUCAAUAAUGAAGACAGUCGCGGCGGAACAUCCAGAACGCAGCACGCUAUCCGCCUUAUAUCAAUUCUCUACCCCCCUUUUCCCCCGUUGUAGUAAUACUCUAGUAAUCCUUAAAACUUGUGCGAAAACUAACAAACGUAUCUCUAUUUCUCUCGUACUAUACGGCGUAUUUGCUCAUAACAAAAGCUCCUCUUUUUACUAUGCAAAUGAACCACAGCAAACCAACAAAAGAAAGAGAGAGAGAGAGAUAUCUCUCCGACCGACCAAUACACAAUGACCAAGUGGAGUGGCCGCGCAGCCAGAACCGCCACAUUAUCGCAGGUGACCUAAGAAAAAAGACAUAUGAUUGAAUAAGGCCGGAACAGUAGCAGUGAUUCCCCUAGGGUAGUAUAUACAUACCACAACCAGCAAGCGCGAUCGUUCGUAGGGGUCACACAGAAACGAACAGGAAACUCCGAGCGAAAAGCGAAACAAAAAGACAAACGGAAACAAGUACACACCGAAACUCUACCGGAAAGCGGAACAACCGUUUUUUUUUUCUUUGCGUCCAUACAUCAUACGUUGUUGUUUAGUCGAUAGCAGACCGUGUGCUUUGUAUGAGCGACCCAAAAAAAAAAACAAUAAAAUAUUUAUAUAUUACUAGCUUAACACCACCCAGCCUAUGUGUGUGUGCU